UUGACAUCUAGAUGCUCUAGAUGUAUCUCUUUGUCUUUUCAUCUCCUACAAUUAGAAAAGAAGAAAACAUAUCUGGAGCGUUUACAUGUUAAUACCGAACUUGCCUACUAUACAUAUACUCUCUGUAUAUUCCCCCUCCAUGCAGUUACAGUUAACCUUUAAUUAAUCUAAAAUUUUUUAAAAUGUAUUUUAAUAAAGAUACUAUUAUUUGUGGUAAAAAUGUGGUUCUGGUACCAUAUAAGGAAGAACAUGUAUUAAAAUAUCACGAAUGGAUGAAAUCUGAGGAGCUGCAAAUCUUGACAGCUUCGGAACCUCUCACUCUGGAGGAGGAAUAUACAAUGCAGAAAUCAUGGCUUAUGGAUGAAAAUAAAUGUACCUUUAUUAUCCUAGAUAAAUCAAAGUAUGAGUUAACAGGAAAUGAAAUAGAAGCAAUGAUUGGAGACACAAACUUAUUUUUUGCUAAUGCUGAUGAUAGAUUAUGUGCAGAAGCUGAAAUUAUGAUCGCUGAGAAAUGGGCAAGAGGAAAAAAAUGUGGAUGGGAGGCAAUAUUACUUAUGUUUAUGUAUGGUAUUGAUACUCUAGGUGUAAAACAAUUUAUAGUUAAAAUUUCAUAUAUUAAUACAAUAAGUAUAAACAUGUUUAAAAAUAUGGGUUUUGUUGAAUUAAGUAGAAGUAACGUAUUUCAGGAAAUAACGUUUAGUAAAAUCGUUGAUGAAAUGUGGAUAAAUUGGAUAAAAACUAAUUUAGGAAAUUUUACAAUAAAAGUUGGUUGAUCGUAA